UUCCUGUGAUUUUGUUAGGAAAGUGUUCAAACACAAGGACAUAUCUUUCUGAGAGAGGGAUUCCAAUUCGUGAGCAUCAUGAACCCGAUCAUGUAUUGUCGACUGAAUCUGGUGACUCUUCUGCUGAUUUUCCCCGCUAUUGGCCCAGUUGUACACGUUCAAGGUUCCUUCCUGGAGGGCCGUGUGGCUGUUACCCAGAGGGGAGGCCACAGGGAGGCAGAGGGGGGCCGCAGCACCUACCCGACCACCCAGGACACUGACCACGAUGGCCCGCUGGUCACCACCGCUCCACCUUUCAACGUCCUCAACCACCACCCCCCUUACAAAGGCUUCCUGGCUCCGGAGUCGUACCACACCGACGACCUCCGUGGACACCCACAGUUUUUCGAAGACAGCGGGGGUGCCACCAUGCCAGGCUCGGGCCACCACCUGGUACAGGAGCCCUCCACGCAGCUGAUGCCCCACGAGGAUGCGCCGGCCUUCUCCGACGUCGCUUCGCCAACCCCCACCACGCCGGCAACGCCCGCGUCCACCAUCACCGCCCGCAAUCCCGUCGGCACAGAUCGGCGCGGGCCCAAGAUCGCGGACGCGAUGAACGGAAAAACCACGACGUCGCACAGAGAUUUCGUCAUGGCUGACUCCCUGACCACUGCUACGCACGCCUCCACCCCUCCCCCCUGUGCCAGCACUCCCAAUAUGGCUGUUACCAUGGGACGGGGCUCGUCAGACGGAGCCCGAGUCGCCAUAGCAACCACCGCAUCGCCGCCGGCCUUGACAACCUUGGUGAACACGGACUCCAUCGCUGAGAGGGAGAGGUCCGCAGCUCAGAAUAACAAGUCCCCAGACAGAGCGGUCCCUGCCGCUGCAGCCGUUGAUUUGGAGGAGGAAACCACGACAACCACCAUCAUCACCACCACUGUCAUCACUACCAUGCACACCCCAGCUCCGUGCCUCACCAACUUCACGGCGCCCGAGGGCUACAUCGAGACGCCACCGCCACCCCAGAUGCAGGCGGGGUCCUGGUACGAAGCGACCGUGGACUGCACCUACACCGUGACCGUCUACAUGGGCUUCGGCGUGGAGAUUCAGGUGAUGAACGUGAGCCUUGCGGAGGGGGACACGGUGAGGUUCGAGGACCUGGGCGGCCGCGAGCCCUCGGUGCUGGCCAACGAGUCCAUCCUGAUGAAGGGCCUGGUGGUGCGCAGCUGGAGCAACCAGAUCUCCAUCCACUUCCACAGCAAGCAGCCCAAGCCUGGAUCCUUCCUGCUCCGCUACCAAGCGUUUGUUCUGAGUUGCCCGUUCCCCGAGCGCCCGGCGUACGGAGAUGUGUCCGUGACCAGCCUGCACGCGGGCGGAGAGGCCUACUUCUACUGCUUCACUGGUUACCAGCUCCAGGGGCCCCCCACCUUGACCUGCCGCAACGCCACCACCCCCUACUGGAGUGGCAAGGAACCGCAAUGUCUAGCUUCCUGUGGAGGGAUGGUAAAGAACGCCACGGUGGGACGCAUCGUCUCUCCCGGUUUCCCUGGCAACUACAGCAACAACCUGACGUGCCACUGGAUCCUGGAGGCCCCCGAGAGCCACCGGCUGCACGUCCACUUCGAGAAGGUUGCCCUUGCCGAGGACGAUGACAGACUGCUGAUUAAAAACGGGAACCACAUCGACUCUCCCCCGCUGUACGACUCGUAUGAGGUGGAGUACCUGCCCAACGAGGGCAUCGCCAGCACCUCCAGGCACCUGUUCGUGGAGCUCACCACGGAUGGAUCCGGAACCUCCACUGGCACAGCCAUUAGAUAUGAAGCCUUUGGGCCUGGGCACUGCUACGAGCCGUUUGUCAAGUAUGGCAACUUCAGCAGCAGCGACAGCACCUACGCAGUGGGCGCCGUGGCCGAGUUCACCUGCGACCCAGGGUACACCUUGGAGCAGGGAUCGGUCAUCAUCGAGUGCAUGGACGCACACAAUCCACAGUGGAACGAGACAGAGCCUGCCUGUAGAGCUGUUUGCAGUGGGGAGAUCACAGACUCCGCCGGGGUGGUGCUGUCUCCAAACUGGCCCGAGGCGUACGACAAAGGCCAGGACUGCAUCUGGGGCAUCCACGUGGAGGAGGACAAGAGGAUCAUGCUGGACAUCCAAGUCCUCCACAUGGGGAAGAAUGACCUGCUCACCUUCUACGACGGCGACGACCUCACCGCCAAGAUCCUGGGUCAGUACGGCGGCACGCGGCCCCGCUUCAAGCUCUACACCACCACGGCCGACGUCACCAUCCAGUUCCAGUCCGACCCCGCCACCAACAUCUACGGCUACAACAACGGAUUCGUGGUGCACUUCUUCGAGGUGCCUCGCAAUGACACCUGUCCCGAGCUGCCCGAGAUCACCAACGGCUGGAAGACGACCUCUCACCCCGAGCUGGUCCACGGCACCGUGGUCACGUACCAGUGCUACCCGGGCUUCGAGGUGGUUGGCACGGAGAUGCUCAUGUGCCAGUGGGACCUGACCUGGAGCGGAGACCUGCCCAGCUGUGAGAGAGUGCUGUCCUGCCCUGAUCCUGGAACAGUGGAGCACAGUCGCCGUGUGAUGUCCAGUCCCCGUCUGACAGUGGGCUCCACCAUCCAGUACAUCUGCAACAAAGGCUACUCGCUCUCCGGAAACAGCCUCCUCUCCUGCUACAACCGAGACUCCUCUGGGCCCAAGUGGAGCGAGAGGCUCCCUAAAUGCAACCCUGAUGCGUAUGAACCCUGCAAGAACCCGGGCACCCCACCCUACAGCUCCCUGAGGCCCGAGAAGCGCCUCUACCAGGCGGGAGAGGUGCUGCGCUUCACCUGCCAGAAGGGCUACGAGCUCCUGGGAGAGCCUGAGAUCCGCUGUGUGGCGGGACGGCCCUCUUGGUGGAGCAACCCUCCCCCUGUCUGCAAAGGCACCGCACUCGAGUACAUUAAUGAGCAGCGAUUGGAUGUUGCAAGUGCUUACCUCAACAUUGAGGGCCCUAAUGUGGCCAUCGCUGUCUUCAUUCCUGUGGCCAUCAUCACUUCUGUCAUUCUAGGAAUUUACUUCUACUUUUCAAGGUACCAGGGGAAGUCCUUACGAUUGUCUACGUCCUCUCCACAGUACGACCACAUCAGUGGGGAUUCGGCUUUUGAUAACCCUAGUUUUGACACAGCAAACAGCGAGGUGAGGCCCCCUGACACCACCGCAUAACUUCACCCCUUCCCAUCAGCCACUCUGUUCUAAGCCGUCCAGACACUUUUAGUUUUUUUUUUUUUUUUCAAAUCCAUCUGCCAGUCUGUGUACCGAGAGGUCUAGUUAGACCAGUAAUUCACACUAGGUUUCAGUGGGAUUGUGCCCAUCUCCUGAGAAUGGUGGCUAUGUUUAGACUAACAGUUUAAAUGAAUAUGAGUGGCCCAAAAAUCCACAUGUGCCUCUGUGCUCCCAGAUGUGUGUGUCUUUGGAGCAUUGAGCGGGACU